AUGCUUGCAAAAGAAAAUUAAUCACCGCAGAAGUGUUAAAGUUAAUAGUAGGAAUUAAGAAAACAAAAGAGUCAAAGAUUUACUAUAUCUAAUCAAAUGAAGAAAAAAAGUCCAACAAAAUAUUUUAGGGAGAUGAAGAGUCUUAAAUAACAUCGUCAAUAAACAAUAUUGAAGUCUUCAAAAAGUUUUUAGCCUUAGAAAAAAAAUGAGGAUAACUCUUCAGAAUCGAGUGAAUGCGAUAAUGUUGAUGAAAAAUCAGACAUAGAAGAAAAAAAAAUAGCAGUACCUAAUUUGAGUUUUAAAGAAGGGCUAAUGUUUUCUCAUUAACAACCAGAAUAAUUAAGUUGUCAUUAAUCUUCUGAUCUAGAGCAUGCAUAGAAUAAGUAGCAUUAUUUUAUCAAAAAUAUCAAAAAAUGCUUAGGUGAUUAGAGCCUGAUAAGUGAUAUGAAUUCAUAAGAUAACUUACUUUCUAGAGAUUAAGAUUCUUUUGAGAAUAGAAGCUUUAUAAAUGGAUUAUCAGUUCACCCUAUUGAAGAAAAACAAGAUUUUUAGGAGGAGGUUGAUCCAAGAAUACUCAAAAAAUAUUAAAAACAUGCUGAACGUAAUCCAUUUGAAGAUCCAUAUUAUGUUGUACUUAUACCACUCCAUGGCUUAGAACGACUUAGAUAUGAAUUAGAUGUAAUAAAAUUCAAUUUAUUUUAGAAUUACAAUGACCAUCUUAAUUUUCUAAAAAUAAGAAAAUACAUUGUUUAUUCAUCUUUAUGUAUACCUAUGUAUUUUUAAAGAAUCUUAGAUAGUGUUUAAUUUAAAAUUAUUAAUGGUAUUCUCAUUAUUUGUAAUUUAACAUUUUUUACAUUAAGCAACUAAUAUCCACCAGUUACAAAUGAAUAAUACAAAUAAUUUAUAUUUUAUUGUUUUGCUGUUGAAAUUGCUAUUAGAAUUAUUGCAGCUGGAGGCAUUUGUCCAACCAUACAUUUUUUACAUAGCAAAGAAGAUAUGUUUAAUUUAGUAUGCACAUUAAUUAGCUUCUUGCAUUAUUUUUAUCCUUAAAGUAUAUCUUUUGAUCUUUCCCCAUUAAGAAUUAUCACUAUAUUAUUAUAUUUGGGAGAUGGAUUACUUAGACUUAAAUAUAUGUUAAUAGCUCUUAAAAAAUCAUUAAUAUUCUUAGCUGAAGCUAUUUUUAUUUUACUUAUAUUAUCACUCUUGUUUUCAAUAAUUGGAGUAUCAUUAUUUUAAGGAUUAUUUAAUUAUCGAUGCUAACCUAUGGUUGGAGAGAAAAUUGAUGAAUGGGUUUAAUGUUAUUAAAAUAUUUGUCCAGAUGGAAUGAUUUGUAUUUUCUCAUCAGAAACGCCUAAAUUGCCAACAUCUUUUAAUAAUGUGAUAUUUUCUUUUGGAUAAAUUUUAAGAACAAUAACAAUGGAUGAUUGGAGUUGGGUGAUGUUUUUUACCAUGAGAAUAUUUCAUCCUUAAAUAUGGAUAUAUUAUUUAGGAAUUAUUUUUUUAUGUGGUUUUUUUUCUAUCAAUUUAAUGAUAGCUGUUCUUAAAAUUCAUUAUUCAGAGGCAACAGUUGAAUGUGAGGAUUAUGAAAAAUUAUCAAAAUAAAAAAAUGAUCAUAGUUUGAUAAGAUAGGAGAUGUUUUUAAGUAAAGAUGUGAUUUCAUAUUAUGAUUUAUCAUUCCUGAGAUAUAUUGGUUUUUAUUCUGUAUUGAAAAGACAUAAACUUUUACUUAAUACUAAUAAUCCUUUAAUGGAAUAAAGUGAUGAGGAAUAUAAGAAUGAAAAAAUAAAUAAUUAAUUGAGAUUAUUGUCAUCUAAAUAAAAAAAGAUAAUAGAUGAAGCAAAGUAGGUAUUUAAUUAAAUAAUUUUAGAAAUAUUAAAAGAAAUCUUUUUGGAAUUAAUUUAAACAUUUUUCAAUUAAAUAAUGGCUUUUGCCAAAAUUUAAGGCUUUAUAAAUAGAAUAAAAUAAAAUAAAUAUAAAGAUGUAUUCUGAUGAUCCAAUAGAAAUAUCUAUACUUUUGAAAUUAAGUGAAUAUUAAUUUACUUAAUUUAAUAAUUCAGUGAAUCAUAAUGUGGAUUAGAAAUUUAAAAGUUCAAAAGAUGUAUUGGUAUAAAAAAAGAGGUAUAUAUGGAUUUAGAUUAUAGAAUUGGACAUAAAGUUAAAAUAAAAAUAUAUUAUUAACCAAUGUUUACAAAGUAAGAAAUAAAAAUUGUACCACGUUAAUAAUCAGAUGCAUCCUAAAGUCGUUAUCCAAUACAUAAGAGUACAAGAAGAAUAACAAUAUAAAGAUCUUUUAGUAUUAAAGAUGAUAGUCAUGGAUCAUAAUCACCAUAAAUAAGAUCAAGAUAAAAUGAUUUAUUUGGAAAUGAAAAUAUAAGAUAUAGAGUUGAAAGAAAAAUGCCAUUUGAACUAAUAAAAGGAAUGAGGAAAUAUUUAUACAUUCAUGGUUUUUAUAUAGAUUAUGACUAAAUACAAGAAAAAAUAAAUACAAAAAUACCAAAAACAAAAUAAAUAGUAGAAUCAAAUGAAGAAAAAUAUUUACAAAUAUUUUAAAGAGAAAGAGAAUAAAAGAUUAUCAAGUCAAAAAAUUGGUCAGGUAAUAAUGUUUUAUAAUUGAAUCAUAUUCGAAUGUAGUAGUUUCAAGAUAUCUUCAAUAGUCUAAACAAUUAUAAUGCUUUAAUAUGGAUGAGAACUCUUGGUGGAAAAUUACUUAUUUUAAGAAGAUAUACUCUUAUUUUUAUUGAUAAUAAAAUAACUUAAUUUUUCUUUGAUUUUAUAAUUCUUAUUAACUUUAUGUUUUUAUCAUUAUAUGGAAUAGCAGAUGCUAGUUUAAUAUCAAAAUGUGAAGAUAUUUCAACUAUAUUUUUAUUAAUAGAAAUCGGUAUUUAAAUGUUUACUUUUCCAUUGAAAAGGUUUUUUUCAAGUAAAGAAAAUGUAUUACAAGCUACAAUUAUGAUUGCUAGUUUUAUUGAAUUUAGUUUUAGUGAAUAUUUACAUUUAACAUAGUAAUAUUUAAGAAUGAUAAGAGGAACUAAAUGUAUUUUAUUUUAUAGAUGUUUAAAAUAUAAUUAAAUGGCUGUACUUAUUGGUAAGAUAGCAUCAAUAACAUUUAAAUAAUAUAUUUAUUUAACUAUAUUUAUGUUUAUUAUGAUAACCAUCUAUGGUUUGAUUGGAAUGGAUCUUUAUGCUGGAUAAUUUGAUUAAAAUGAUCCAUUAGGAUAAUUACAUUCGUUUGAUAAUCCAUUAAAAGCUGGAAUGACUAUUUUUAAUAUUAUGACAAAUGAUGAUUGGUAUGGAGUAUAUGUUAUAGGAUCUUAAUUAAAUUUAACAGCUGCUAUUAUUUUUUCAUUUUCUAUGGUUUUAAUUUUAAACUAUUUAACUUAUGGUUUAGUAUUAGCAAUUUUAUUAGAUGGAUUUGGAAGAUAUUUAGAAGAAAAAAAUGAAGAUGAUUGUAAUGAAAAAUAAAUAUUAUAAAAUCAAAAUUCAAGUAAUUUAGAAGAGGAAAUUCAAAAUACAGAAAUAGAUUCUAUGCAUGAUUUAAAAGUUAAAUCAUAAUACUUUUCAUAUAAUUAGAUUUUUGAAUAAAUUGAAGAUAAAGAAUAACCACAAGUUAAAUUAGAUAUAAUCAAAACUUUUUAAAAAUCUUUAAGUAUAAACUACUAUCUAUAUUAGAGUAAUUAAGCAAAUAGAUUAUGAUGGCAAAUCCAAAAUUAUAUUAAGAUAUAGAAUGUGAAACUGCCUUGUAUUUCUUUACUAAAAAUAGCUAAAUUAGAGUUAUUUGUUGUAAUAUAUGUACAUCUUAAAUAUUUUUAUGGUUUUCUAAUAUUGUGUUAGUUUCUUCUAUAUUUCUUAUGAUAGUAAGAACUUAUCAUGAUUACGAAGAUUAAAAGAGUUCAUAUCCGUAUAUAAUAUUAUCAAUUUUGAAUGUAUUUAAAUUCUUAGAAGAUAUUAUUUCAAUAAUAGCUAAAGGAUUAUUUAUGGAUAAGGGUAGUUAUUUAAAUUAUUCUUGGUAAAUCGUAGAUCUAAUUUAUUUAUUUGCUUUUUUUGUUGAUACUUAUAAAUAAAAUCCAAUAAUAGAUAUCUGUUUAUUUUUUGGACAUUUGAGACCUAUGAAACUUAUGUAUAGAAUUAAAUGGCUUGAAAAUAUUAGAGCUGCUUUAGCUUUAUCAUUAUUGGAUAUGAUAAAAAUACUUUUAACAUUAAUUUCUGUUUGGAUAAUGUUUGGUGUAUUUGGUAUAAUUUUAUAUGAAAGUUAAUUUGGUUUUUGUGAAGAUAAAAUGUAAUUCAAUGUUAAUUAAUCUGUCUGUAAUGAAAAUAAUAAAAAAUGGAUUAAUUAUAAACAUAAUUUUGAUAAUAUAACAAUAGCUUUACCAACUUUAUUUGUAGUAUCAACUUUUGAUGGAUGGGGAGAAAUUAUGUAAGUAGCUGAAAAUAGUAGAUAAAGUAAUUAAGGACCUGCUGCAUUUGCUUCUUAUUUAUCUACAUAUGCAUAUUUUAUGUCAUUUUGUUUUAUUGGUUCUAUGUUUUUUCUUAGUUUUUUUACAGGCACUUUAUUCUCUAAAUUAAGAGUCAAUUAAUAAAAAAUAGAAAUGUAAAAUAUGACUAGAUUUUAAAAAGAAUUUGUUGAAUUAUGUCCUAUCAUUUUAAAAGAUUCUCCUGGUUUUUCAACUCCACCAACUAGACUUUUUAGAAGAUUAUCAUCAUUUAUAGUAAAUAAUUUAAUUAGUUAAUAAUUCAUGUUUUUAUUACUAUUGAUUGAUUUGAUUUGUCAAUUGUAAUAUCAUAAUGAUAUGGAGUAAGAAUAAAUCAGAAAUAUUAAUCUAAUUUAAAGAUUUCUAAUUCUUUUUUAUGGUAUUUGGAUUAUUUUACUAUUUAUGUAAUUAGGUAUUAAUAGAUAUUUUGAUAAUUAUUGGAGAAGAUAUUAUAUUUUUUUAAUACUCAUAUCAAUUAUUGAUGUGGUUGCUGAUAUCCAAUAUGAUUGGGUUAUCCAUUAUUAUGAGUCAAAUGUAUAUUCAUAAAAUUACCAAAUAUUGAGAUUAGCAUUUAUGACUAGAUAAUUAAGAUUAUUAGUAAUAUUUCAAGGUUUAAGUAAUUUAUAAAGAUUGUUUAGAGUCAUGGGUUUUGCUUUACCUUUUUUAGCUAAACUUAUAUCAAUUCUAAUUAUCACAAUGGUUAUUUAUGCAUUAAUUGGUUGUUAAUUAUUUGGGAAAAUAAAAAAAGGAGCAGUUAUUGAUGAAUAUAUAAAUUUUACAAACUUUGAAUAUGCUUUAUUAGCAUUAUAUAAAUGUGCAUCAGGAGAUGAUUUUAGAACAAUAAUGACUGAUACUAUGCAUCAUAAUCCAUUUUGUUUUGAGAAUCCAGAUUAUUGUGGAUCAGAUUUCAAUUAAUUAUAUUUCAUUACUUUUAUGUUAUUUUCGAAUUAUGUUCUAUUAAAUUUAUUUGUUCUAGGUUUGAUAGAAUAAUUUGAAGAAUUCUUUUAGGUUUAAAAUUCAAUGAUUUAGACAUACGUUGAAUAAAUUGAUAAAAUAAAAACUACAUGGUGUAAAUAUUCAGCUGAUAAUAAUGGUUAAAGUAUGCACUAUAAAUUCUUAUGUCGAUUCUUAUUAGAUAUUGGUUAACCUUUAGGAGGAGGAAAAGAAGAUAAUUUAUGGGAUGCUGCAAAAUUAGCAUCAAAAUUAAAUCUUAGAAGGUAUGUAUAUUUUAUAUAAUAAAAUAAUAGUGAUCCAUAUGGCUAUAUUCAAUAUAAUUAAUUAUUGUAUCAUUUAUUUAGAUGUUGUUAUCAUGAUGAUAUUUUUAAGGAGGGACCUUAAGAAUCAAUUAGAAAGAUCAAAUAAUUCAAUAAAGAAAUGCAAAUUAGAUUAAUAUAUUAUAGAAGAAAUAAGGCUUAUAAAAGGAAUAAUUUAUAUCUUACUAAUUUCUAAUUUAAAUCUAAUUUUAAUAUUCUUCAUGAUUAUCUAAAUGUUUUAAUCUUAUUUAAGACAUGGUAAUCAUACUCAAAGUUAUUAGUUUAAAAAAUUAUCAGAAGAUAAGAUGAUUUUACAGAAAGUGAUGAAAUGACAAUAGAUUUAGAAUACUAUAGUCCAUAAUUGUAUGUAAUUUAAUUAAAUUUAGUCGCCAAACUGAUUUUGUUUCUGAUGGUUUUAGUUCAAGAAGAACAACUGAUAUCAGGUUUUAAGAUAAUUUAACAGGUCAUCAUGUUUCUAGAUAAAGUCAUGAGUCAUAACAAUAAUAAUAACCAUAAUUACCUAUAUAUUAAAAUACGCUCUAAUAAGAAACAGAAAGAAUUUAUGGAGGCUUUGAUGAAAAUGUAAUUUUAGGUUUCAAAGAAAUUAGAAUUAAAAAUUUUAAUAAAUGA